CAAUUAAAUACUCUCUCUAAAAACCCUAUCACCCCGCGUCCGAUCAACGCUUCAAAAAAUCCUUCUCUCUCUAACCUCAAUUUUCCUUCAAUUUCUCUUUCUAGAAAAAUUCGAAUCCGGAUCCACCGCCUUCGAUCCGAACCUCAAACCCUAUUCCCUUUCUCUGUAGAUUUUUCUUCUUCUCUACACAAACUAUGCCAAUGAGGAAGGGAGCCAAGAGGAAGAGAGUCCAGAAAGACAAAGAAGAAGAAGUAGUAAAAGCUUCUUCUUCUUCUCAAGAUAAUCACAAGCAGGAAUCCACCAAAGCUCCUACUCGAGCUAAGCGCGUUAAGGCCUCUAAACCCCAACCCGAACCUGAAUACUUCGAGGAUAAGCGAAACUUGGAAGAUCUAUGGAAGGAAGCAUUUCCUGUUGGGACAGAGUGGGAUCAAUUGGAUGCAGUAUAUCAAUUCAACUGGAAUUUUUCCAACUUAGAAGAUGCAUUUGAAGAGGGAGGUGUUCUACAUGGAAAGAAAGUUUAUUUAUUUGGUUGUACAGAGCCGCAAUUGGUCCCUUACAAGGAUGAGCAGAAAGUUAUUUGCGUACCUGCAGUUGUGGCGAUUGUAUCUCCCUUCCCUCCUUCAGAUAAAAUUGGAAUUAACUCAGUUCAAAGGGAGUCUGAAGAAAUAAUUCCCAUGAAACAAAUGAAAAUGGAUUGGGUUCCAUAUAUUCCUCUAGAGAAUAGAGAGAGCCAAGUUGACAGAUUGAAGUCUCAAAUUUUUAUUUUGAGCUGCACUCAAAGAAGGUCUGCUUUGAGACAUUUGAAGAUAGACCGUGUUAAGAAAUAUGAGUACUGUUUACCUUAUUUCUACCACCCUUUCAAGGAAGAUGAGCUUGAGCAGAGCACUGAAGUUCAGAUAAUUUUUCCAGCAGAACCAAAGCCGGUUUUCUGUGAAUUUGAUUGGGAGUUAGAUGAGCUCGAGGAGUUCGCUGAUAAUCUAAUCAAGGAGGAGGAAUUAUCUGAAGAUCAAAAGGAUGCAUUUAAGGAGUUUGUCAAAGAGAAAGUUCGAGAAGCAAAGAAAGCUAACCGGGAGGCAAGGGAAUCAAGGAAAAAAGUCUUGGCGGAAAUGAGUGAGGAAACCAAAAAGGCAUAUGAAAAUAUGAGGUUUUACAAGUUCUAUCCUGUGGAAACCCCGGAUACACCUGACAUAUCAAAAGUAAAGGCUCCAUUCAUAAACAGGUAUUAUGGCAAGGCGCAUGAGGUUUUCUGAUUAGAUUUAAGUAGGAGAAACAUGGACGUGGACUGCGAGAGAGCCAUAGUAGCUUGCUUUAGCUGCCAAAUGGUUGAAUUUGAAGAUUUUUUUCACCUCAAAAAAGUUAGGAGGCAUGCCCCUGUGCCCCAUUAAUUAUUUCUUUCAUGAAAGCUUUAGGUAUCUGUAGUAGAAAGAUGUAAACUCAUAGUAUCAGAAUUUUUAGAUAUAGACAAUUGGAGGUUGCCAUAACUAGAGGCGGCAUUUUGUAAGAUACAUUGUUGAGGCUUUUGAAAAUUUCAAUGUCUGGUUGAGCUGCAAGAGGUGAAAUUUCUCUGUGCUGCUCGAGUUUACUCUUGAUUUCCCCUGUAUCUCUAUCAACUCUUUUGUCCUGAUACCAUGUUAUUAGUUCUUGUAUGACCAAAACUAUUAAGAGAAAAGGUGAAUAAUGCAUUUAGUUCAA